AUGGCCCUCUGUUUGCUCACGAUAUCGGCUUCGGCAGGACUUAAUACCGUCAAAAUGAUACAAAGGAACUUCCCUCCAACCCAGUUCCUAUGGCGACAACCGGAGAUAUUCAAUCCCAAUUUUAUCCAGCAUCACGUUGAACUCUACAUCAAACCGCAGUACCGUAUCGGACCAUACAUCAUUGGUUUAAUUCUCGGCUACGUUCUAGCCAAUUACCAACGCCAAGCAAUUAAACCUACGAGAAGCGCUGGAUUUGUAGCUACUGGAUGGCUCAUUGGUUUUCUGUGUGGUUUCUGGGCCCUGUUCGGCCUUUAUCCAUCUCUACAAGGCUGGAAUUGGCCGAUUUAUCACCUUGUCUACGGUACAGUUCACAGGGAUGUGUUUGCUAUAAGCAUGGCUUGGUUAAUAUACGCUUGCCAUACGGGUCUCGGAGGCUUCAUCAAUCGAAUUCUAAGUGCCGACUUCCUUGUGCCUUUAUCGAACCUCUGCUUUGCGGUGUACCUGAUUCACAUGAUACCGGUUGUGCUCACUUACUUACUGGUAUCGUUCCCGAUUGUCUUCGAAUCUCAAUGGCCGAUAUUUGCCCACUGUUGUGUGCAGUUGCUGAUUUCCUAUUUAUUCGCUUUGGUCUGCACACUUGUAGCUGAAUAUCCUGCUCACAACAUCGAAGCAAUUCCUGUUGGCACCAAGCCAAGGCAAGACCACCUUAAAGACCAUACCAACGUCAGACUCUGA